AUGUCUGCUACGGAACAUCCCGAGCUUACCAAGGUCGAUUCCGCCGUUGCUGGCUUGACGUUAUCCUCCAAAGAUGAAAAGGCACCCGACAAGGCCGAGAAGAAGUCUCACAGACGCACCUCAUCCCAGGCCGAAGGCGUCUACAACAUCAAGGAACUAGAGGAGAAGCAAAUCGAGCUUACGCUACCAAUUGAAACACAAAAGACCGGAUGGAAGCUGAACACUUCACCGUCAACGGUCGAGGACAAGGACAUCCUCAAACUCCCCCUUGUGACUCCGCCAGUCAAGAAGAUUGACCUACACUUCCCCCUAGGAUUGGAGGUAACUGCCCGUAACAUGAAGGGCGUGACAGUCAAGGAUGCGCUGGACGCAAUCUACAAGCAGUUCAAGAAGAAGGCGGAUGACGAAUUGGACAAGCCCUACCUCGCUGGUUUCGAGUGGGACAAGGAGGAAAGCUGGACUAGACUCAUUGUUCACCAGACUAAGAAUGGCCCACCUGCCGCCCCCAGCAAAAAGUCCAAGAAGAAGGCCAAGGAAGAAGCAUAG